CCGGGAAUUGAACCCAGAACCUUCUUGCUGCAAGGCAACAGCUCUACCAACUGCGCCACUGUGCAGCCCGUUUUCAGAACAUUUCGGUUAAUUAUUCAGAUACUGUACAUACGCUACCAGAACCUUAAAGAAAUGCUGGGAUGCCAACAUUUUCCAGGAAGUUUCAGCAGCCUGCCUUCAUCAAUGUUCACAGAUAUUUAAACAUCCCAGUGAGAGAAACAAAUGUUCUGUUUACUGCAGAUUCAAAUUCAGAGUUUGCUCUAAAGAAAGGCUUUUUGAUAUGUUUCCGUGUUUGUUGGUUUCGUUUUUGACUUGCAAAUGCGACAGAGAGAAUGUGCUGUAUGGAUCCAGAGCCUGAAGGACGGAGCCGCGUUUGAGGCUGGCAGGCAGGUGAGUCCUGCAGGUAAGGUUCGCUUCAGGCUCAGGUGAGGAGGCUGCACCAUGUCGGUGCACAAACUUAAGAUAUUUAUUCUAACAUGAUCAGGAGUGUUGAGGUUGGGUUUCGAUUGGUUUAUUUCUGUUUGAAAGGUGUCAGUAUAACUGUAAUUGCUAAAUAUAUGAGUGCUACUAUUACCGUUUACUUACCCUUUCCGUUUACAGUCUGGCUUCCUGCUUUGUUCAGAAGAACUUUCUGCGGUUUCUAUUUAAAACUGGCCAAUGUGGAACAACUUCUACAGAUAAGCAUCUACAGGCUCACUUGCUGCAGAGUUACUGUUCAAAUCUGUCACUGAAGAGGAAAUGAUCUGUUGUUUCUGUUCUGCACGGCCGGGUGAAACAUAGCUGACCCAGAGGAAUCAGUGAUGACCAACAACUCCACCAACAACAUCUGUAAUCCGGUCAAGGAAUCCUCUCUUCAUGGAUUCAUAUUCUUCUACAGCUUGGUGUUUGUGGUGGGUUUGAUCCUGAACAGCUACACCUUGUGGUUCCACCUCUGCCGCGCUCAGAAGAAAGCCCCUAAGAGCUGGAUGAUCUACCUGAAGAACCUGACGGCAGCCGACUUCCUGCUCUGCCUUGGACUUCCUCUCCGCAUCGCUGACUAUGCAGGCACGUCCGACAACGUUCACCUGUUCUACUGCACCUAUGGAGCCCCCAUCUUCUACAUCAACAUGUACAUCAGUAUCCUACUUAUGGGCUACAUCGCUAUCAACAGGUACAUGAAGAUCUUUCAUCCUCUGAGGACUUCCUUCCUGAUGACGGCUCGAGCUGCCCGCCUCCUCUCAGGAGCCACCUGGGUUUUCUUCCUGGUUCCAACGCCUGCAUACAUCAUCCUGAUGCUGAACACCAACAAAGCUUCUGUUUCUGGUGCCAGAACUUGUGAUGUUUUGCAGAGUGAAUCAGUCAAAGUAUUCUACAAGCUUUUUCAUGCUGGUGUUGCCAUCAUCUUUCUGUCAGUGCUCUCCUCUCUGGUCUUCUGCUACUGCAGCGCCUCCCGCAGGGUUUUGCAGGUCCAGCGGAGGCAACUGGGCUCCUCCAACUCCAAGAAGCUUGUGAAGUCUCGCAGGAACAUGUUGGUGUUAGUCAGUGUGUUCUGCAUUUGCUUUCUUCCCUAUCAUCUGGUUCGACUUCCGUACAUCUUACUUCAAGGACAGUGUUCUGAUGUGCUCUAUUACCUGAAGGAGGUGACUGUCCUAAUAUCAGUUUUUAACAUCUGUCUGGAUCCUCUGAUUUACGUCUUUCUUUGUAAGGAGUUCAGGGUCCAGUUGAACCUGCAGCACAUGUUCUCCACUACAAAAGACAACUCAAGCAUCUCAGUCUCGGAAGCUAAAGAUGACGCUGAGAAAUGUGAAACCAACAAAUCCAACAGUGAACACACGGAUUUCCAUGAAGUGGGAUAAAGAGAAAUGGAUGGAUGCAAUCGGGAUUGUUCUGGUUCUGGAAACCAAAGACAGGUCGUCACCCAAAAAACCGAGUUCAAGACACAGAAAGCUGUGAAGUAUGAAAGCUCAGGUGUCGUGGUAUGGCGAUUCCUCUUUCACCAUGGUAUCAAGUCUGAAUGCUUCAAAAUAAAGAGACCAAGCUGCCCCAGUGCAAAGUGCAAGUCCUUUGCUGGGAUAUCUGUUUAGAGGUGCCAGAACCUGGUGGACUCUACAUCCACCCGCAAAGCAGUUCUCAGAAACAAAUGGUUAAACACCUAAAAAUUACUUCAGUUAUUGACUUGAUUGAUAGAGUUGAUUGAUUAGAAAACUUUUCCUUUUAUAGCAAAUGUUUGCGCUUGUAAAGAAAAAAUGCUGCAGCUGCAUGUCCCGGUUGAGUGAAACCAAAUAUGGUCAAAAUGUUCUUCAUCUUUUGAUUUGAAACAAGUUGAACUUUGUUUGCAUUUGAAUGUAUGGAAAUAAAGUUACUCACUUCUGCAAAGACGUCGAUGUUGUGAUUGUGAAAACUACCGUGUGAAAAUGGGAUGAAAUUCAGGGCAAACAUUCAAAUUAGGAGUCAUUAACUCUCACAUGCCUGAGAGUUUAUUAAUGCCACUCCACACUGCAAAAACAUAAAAUACUACCAAGUACUUGUGGUCUAAUUUCUAGUGUAAAAAUCUU